UGCCAGGACGGAGCCAGGAUGGCCGGUGCGUCCGUCAAAGUGGCCGUGCGGGUGCGUCCCUUCAACGCCCGCGAAAUCAGCCAGGCUGCGACGUGCGUCAUCCAGAUGCAGGGACCAACGACCUGCAUCGCCAACCCCAAGCAGGCCAAGGAUGCCCCCAAGACCUUCACCUUUGAUUACUCCUACUGGUCCCACACCUCGGAGGAGGACCCCCACUUCAUUUCCCAGCGGCAGGUCUACAGAGACAUCGGAGAGGAGAUGCUGUGCCACGCCUUUGAGGGCUACAACGUCUGCAUUUUCGCCUACGGGCAGACGGGGGCUGGCAAGUCGUACACCAUGAUGGGCAAGCAGGAGAAGGGCCAGCAGGGCAUCAUCCCUCAGCUCUGCGAAGACCUCUUUGUCCGAGUGGCGGAGGACGCAUCGCCCUCCCUGUCCUGUUCUGUGGAGGUGAGCUACAUGGAGAUCUACUGUGAGCGUGUGCGUGACCUCCUGAAUCCCAAAAGCCGUGGAAAUCUGCGUGUGCGUGAGCACCCCAUCAUGGGGCCUUACGUCGAAGACCUCUCCAAGCUGGCUGUCACUUCUUUUGAAGACAUUGCCGACCUCAUGGACUGCGGCAAUAAAGCGAGGACUGUGGCUGCAACCAACAUGAACGAAACCAGUAGCCGUUCCCACGCCGUGUUCACCAUCGUCUUCACGCAGCGCCGGCACGACGAACUCACAGACCUGGACACCGAGAAGGUGGGACGGCUGACCUUGUCCAGGAGGGGCCACUCUUCUGGAGCUUAGGGCACGCCUCCCCCCCCGCACCCACUUUUCCAGGAAGGCGCCAACAUCAACAAGUCCCUGACCACGCUGGGCAAGGUCAUCUCCGCCUUGGCUGAGAUGCAAAGCAGCCACAAGAAGAAGAAGAAGGCUGAGUUCAUCCCUUACCGUGACUCGGUGCUCACCUGGCUGCUGACGGAGAACUUGGGGGGUAAUUCCCGCACGGCCAUGAUCGCCGCCCUCAGCCCAGCCGACAUCAACUACGAGGAGACGCUGAGCACCCUCCGUUACGCCAACCGCGCCAAGGAGAUCCGUUGCAACGCUGUCAUCAACGAGGACCCCAACGCCCGGCUCAUCCGGGAGCUCAAGGAGGAAGUGGGCAGGCUCCGGGACCUCCUCUCUGCGCAGGGCCUCUCAGCCACCUGCUUCUCGGGCGCCGAGGAGCCCACCGAUCCGGGCGGUAGGCAGAGCAUCCCCAGUUUGCCCUUUGGCUCGAUGGCACACCCUUCUCUCCUGCUGGGCCCUGCUGCCCUCAACGGGGAGCUGGAGCUGCAGCUCCCGGCCUCGGAGGAGCAGAUGCUGUGCACGGAGGAGGCCAUGGAGAGGCUGCAGGAGACGGAGAGGAUCAUUGCAGAACUCAACGAAACGUGGGAGGAAAAGCUGCGGAAAACGGAGGCCAUUCGGAUGGAGAGAGAGGCCCUCCUGGCAGAGAUGGGCGUGGCUCUUCGAGAGGACGGGGGCACCGUUGGCGUCUUUUCCCCCAAGAAGACUCCCCACUUGGUGAACCUGAAUGAGGACCCUCUGAUGUCAGAGUGCCUGCUCUACCACAUCAAAGAUGGCGUCACCAGAGUCGGCCAGCAGAACGCGGACAUCCGGCUGAGCGGGCAGUUCAUCCGAGAGCAGCACUGCGUCUUCCGCAGCGUCACCAGCGAGACCAGCGAAGUUGUUGUCACCCUGGAGCCGUGCGAGGGGGCUGAGACCUACGUCAACGGGAAGCAGGUGACGGAGCCCCAGGUCCUGCGAUCAGGCAACCGCAUCGUGAUGGGCAAGAACCACGUCUUCCGCUUCAACCACCCUGAGCAGGCCCGGCUGGAGCGGGAGCGCAGUGCCCCCCCCGAGAGCCAGGCAGAGCCGGUGGACUGGAACUUCGCUCAGCGGGAACUGCUGGAGAAGCAGGGCAUCGACAUCAAGCUGGAGAUGGAGAAGAGGCUUCAGGACCUGGAGACCCAGUACCGGCGAGAGAAGGAGGAAGCGGAGCUGCUGCUGGAACAGCAAAGGCUGGUACGUGACCGUGACUGUGACUGUUCUCACACUCUGGGGUGCGGCGCCGCGUUCUCCGUGCUCCGGGUGUGCAGCAGAGGGGUGCACCCUAGACACGUCAGCCCUGCUCGGCAGACCAAGCCAGCAGAUCAACUCCAGAGGAGGCCUAGAUUGCUUUGA